CGAGCGGCGGAACAUGUAAGGGCACAUCCCGCGAGCGGCCGCCCUGCGCGCAGACGGACGGAGCCCGGCGCCGCGAUCGAGCGCAGCGGGCGGCGAGCGCGAGCCCUUUGGAGAGGUAGCGGGCCGGAGGCAGCGGAGUCACCGCCAGCGCUCCACGGAAGGGUCCGGCGGGGGAAUCGACCCCAACCCGGUCGGGCCGCCUAGGGCGCAGGGGAUCGAGACGGGGCUCCGUGCCACCCGCCGCAGCCUGCCGCGCACGUUCCCGGGGAGCUCGGGGCGCCCAUGACGGCGGCCACGGUCCUCAAGGAGGGUGUGCUGGAGAAGCGCAGCGGCGGGCUGCUGCAGCUCUGGAAGCGAAAGCGCUGCGUGCUCACCGAGCGCGGGCUGCAGCUCUUCGAGGCCAAGGGCACGGGCGGCCGGCCCAAGGAGCUCAGCUUCGCGCGCAUCAAGGCCGUGGAGUGCGUGGAGAGCACGGGGCGCCACAUCUACUUCACGCUGGUCACGGAGGGCGGCGGCGAGAUCGAUUUCCGCUGCCCGCUCGAGGACCCGGGCUGGAACGCGCAGAUCACCCUGGGCUUGGUCAAGUUCAAGAACCAGCAGGCCAUCCAGACUGUGCGUGCGCGGCAGAGCCUGGGCGCCGGCACGCUGGUGUCCUAAGCUGCCCUGGGCUUCCCUCUCUCGUCAGCAUGCGCAGGGC